UUUACACUUACCCCAUGGGUAUUGCUGGUCCCCAGUAUCCAUAACCCUUAAUUGAACCUCUUGAAGCGGGGAAGAGAUAUGGAAAGGAUUAACGAGAAUAUUCUCAUCAACUAACAACAGGCAUUGAGGUUUGAUGUAUCUACCAUUUAAAAGUCUGGAGAAGAAGAUUUUCGACAAGAACACCGCCUUGUCUCAUCAGACGAGGCAGGGUUGGAAUCCUACAACUUCGCCUCGACAAGAUAUAAAUGAAGUGAUGCAGCGUUCGUAACGUGGACCAUGUAGCACGUGAUGCGCUCUUGGAACACCAGCCAAUUGCCGUGGUAUAUUUUCCCUGGCAGAGGUAGGAUCGCGCUUCAGACGAUAGGUUCACUCCACUUAUGCUCAAAUUAGCAUCUUCCCAAUGACUUGGAAAGGUCCCAAGUAUCUUAACUUCCUUUUGAACAUUUCCGGGCCAUUAAGGCUUCAUGUAGAUCUAACAACCUUAUUUCUUCUAACAGUAACACGAGUGUUCUCGGGAUAAUUUGGCAAAUGCUAACACAUUGAAAGAUAUCUUUACUUCAACCCAGAGACAUGGCUCAGAUAUGGACAUUUGAGACUCCAGUCAACGUUACUGCGAUAUCACUAGUCAAUAUAACGUGGAAUCCGCGCACACUUGAUUCCGUCAAAUAUGGAAACUUUCUUCUGAAUUUAUGGCUUUUGCGCGGCGAUUACCAGGGCGAUACCGAAGUUCGAGAGCAUGAAGCUUUCCUUCUUGCUGGUAAGUAUUCUCACUUCACCCCAAGUUACAUUUGUUGGUUUACUAAAAUCGUGCAAGGUGAUCAAGACGUCUUCAACGCCUCCGUUUUAUGGACACCAACAAUCGACGACAUCGAUUUCAAUGUCUCCGAAGCUGGAACUCAUCAAUUGUCUUGGGAACAGAGUAAAAACAAUCCAAGCCACAGUCCAUUUAACACUUCUUUUGAGGGUUGGUCAAGGGGAUUCCACGUGAAAGCACUUCCUUCUGCAAGCUCUUCAUCAGUGUUGUCUCCUACAUCCACAUCAACAUUCUCCACACCGUCGUCGACCUUACUGGCUCCGACUCCCCCAGUUACCUCAUCAAUUUCCCAGGAUCCCGCCAGUGACCUGCCCUCUCAAUCCAGAACCAACACGCCCAUAAUAAUCGGCCUCGUAAUCGGACUCAGUCUCCUCCUCCUAAUAUUCCUCACCACCUCACUCUGGGGCGUACGAAAAUAUCGUCUGGCGAAAAAACAAAACCGUCAUUUCAAAGGACUAUCAACACCGUCCGGUUAUCCAUUAGUACCAAAUUCAGAAAUGUCUUACAACUCUUUACCAAGUUCGCUACCAGAGUCCACACCAAUUUCACACUCAGCCCCAAUAUCAAGAAGUGAAAUGGAUUCGUACCCGCGAAGAAAUAUAAAGCCAGCAGAACUAGCUGCUCCUAGAAUAGUAGCAGAGCUAUAAUAUAUAAAGAGGGCUAGAACAUGCAAAUUCGAAACUUAUACCAGGUAUUGGUUAAGUAUAUACUAAAGAAUGGAGUUUCAAAGAGAAAAACGAGGUGCUUUGUUAGGAGGGAUGAAUAGCAUGGCUACUUCCUCUAGUUAUGGAUAUUUCUAGGUCAGGAGUUUUGGUUGAUAUUGAUAAAUAUAAACUGAACUAGUAUCAUAGCACAGCAUAUUCUCACUCAAAACACCCGCUACAUUU